GAGCAAUGUUUUGUCAUUCUGUCCCUAAAGUUAGUGGAGGCUUUUCUAAUAUACAUAAGUCCACAAGGGAAUGAAGUAGAUGAUAUGGUCGGUGGUGCAGGUACCGAGUAGAAAGGGAGUCUAUAAAUACGCUGGACAGUGACCCUAAUAUCAUCAUUCGACCAGCUAACAAAGGAGGGGCUAUCAUAAUAAAGAAAUAUUCAGGAUCGUGGUAUUAAAACAACUUACAGACAGUAAAGUCUAUAGGAAACUUGACAGUGACCCAAAAUCUCUAUUUAAAAGAAGGAUACAUUUGACUUUAUCUACUGCCUUGAAGCAGGUACACAUUUCAGAAAAUUCUUUUUUUUGGACAAAAUACUCAUAUCAUGCACUGGAACACAUUUUUAGAUGCAGAUUUUUCCAUUCAACAUUUUAAGUAGUUCCAUUGUUUGCUUCUUCUCUUUAACCUACCUUACAUGUUGUACGUACACCUGCCUAUUUCUCCCUCCUCCUCCCCAGUAGUUGCUUGCCUCAGCCUCCUCUCUGGGUAUUACUUUAAGCCCUCUGAGCUUUGUAUCUCCCGUCUGUUAACUCUGUCUAGAGUGCAAGUGUUGUGUGCCUGUAUGACCCUCCUUGCCAGAUUAUGGAACUCACUGAAGAAUAACCUGGGCACAUUAUGCUAAGAGAACCCCCCUGGUACAUAUUUCACCAAGAUUAUCGCGUUUUGCAGCCUGAUGAGUAAGGAUUUUAUAUAUUUCAUUCAUUUGUUGCACUGGGCAUCAGAGCACCAUCGCCAUGCCUCCUCCUUUGGAGAUCUUGUUGCUAGUGCUCAGUUUUUAUGUCCAGAUGACCUCAGGUGAUCAGUGCUCAGGUGGUGGCAACAUCUUCAGAGAAAUCCAUGAGAACAGCCCAAGUGGAACAUUUGUGGCCAACCUCAGUGUGUUUGGUGACCCUGUAACUAGCACAGUGAAGUUCUGUUUGAGUGGUACAGACGCUGACUGGUUCUAUUUAGAUGGAAAAAAUAUCUGGCUCAAUGUGUCCUCUGGAAAAACAUUGGACAGGGAGGCAUUGAAUUCCUCAGUCCUCUUGGUCACUUUAACCUGUUCAGAAGAAGGAUUUCCAGCGGUUCAUUAUAGAAUUAUUGUCCAAGUUCUCAACCAGAAUGACAAUAUACCAACUUUUUUAGAGGAGUCAGUAGCUGCUCAGAACAUCAGUGAACUAACUGAGGUUGACUCGGUUGUAUUCACAGCUCAGGCCAUGGACUUAGAUGGUGAUAUCCUUAUGUAUGUCAUAGACCAGACCACAGGUGACUUCAAAUAUUUCCACAUGGAUCUGCCAAGCAAUGGGAAGGUACUUCUGUCUCGGCCUCUGGACUAUGAAAGUAAACAGGAGCUGGAGGUUGUUAUCCAUGCUGUGGAAAUAAGUACCCGAGAGCGCUAUGGUACCUCUGCAAGGGUACGGAUAACUGUGCUAGAUGGAGAUGACCAAUACCCUUAUUUCCUUCCAUGCAUCUAUAUGCCACAUGAUGGUCUCAAUGUCUGCGUGAGCCCAACUUACCGGGCAAAUAUUACAGUAGGGAUGGAGCAGACAGUGCCCCUUGUGUUCUCCCCUGGGCCUAUUAUUGCAGAGGAUGGUGACAGAGGAAUAUUAGCUCCAAUAGUCUACUCCUUUCUAUCAGGCUCUGACAGUGAAAUGUUCCAUAUAGACAAUGUUACAGGCUCCAUCUCUCUAACUCAUCCUGUGGAGAUCAGCAGUAGUUUGUCUAUCCUUGUUCUGAAGGUGAUGGCCUCUCAAGUUGGCGAUCCCAGGAAGUAUGCAAUAGCUGAGGUGGAGAUAAGAGUUAUGGCAACUAACCAUCAUGCACCAUUCUUUGGCUCUACUGAGUAUCAGGCCUUUGUGCAGGAGGAUCCUAGUCCGGCAGCCCUUGUGAGAACAUACAGUGGCAAACUGCUCUCACUCCUGCCUUCUGAUGGAGACUUUCAUAAUGGCACCAAUCCCCACAUUCGACUUAGUCUGAACUCCUUGUCUAAUAACAGUCAGCUUUUCCAGAUCACACAGAGUGGUCUACUGAUUGCUAGAACAAACCAACUACAGCCAACAAAAAGGUAUUUGCUGCAGGUUAUUGCAAGAGAUGAAGAAUCAGGAGAAGCUGCAAACUGUUCAGUGGUUGUGAAUGUCUUGGCUUAUGGUCAGUCAGCUCCUCUGGAUCCAUCAGAACCACGACUUAUGUUCACUGUGCCAGACCUCCCCAUUGUUGCAGGUGGACUAGGUGCUCUUGUGAUCUUAUUUGGGAUCCUGCUGUUCUUUUUGAUUUGGACUCUGAGGGGUCACCGGCAGCAGCAACACAGGAGGAGCCGUACCUCAUUAGUAACUGAGAAGCACCCAAGUGUGAGCUUGCAGUGGUUCCACACGGCAGAAGAACAAGGAUACCAAAAUGCAGCAUACAUGGAGAGUCCAGGAGAGGAAAAUAGUAGCCAAGAGAGAACCCCUGUGCACCUCCCCACUGGGAAAACCACUAAGAAGGAGCCAAGCACAGCAGAUGGUCAUCCAGCUAAACAGCAGCAGAAGAAGGCACCAGCAGUGGCUGUGAUUUCCCCUGGUAACCAGUGUGUAGAAAGAUCCCCAUUCAAAAAUGGCAAGGACAAGGAAGCGGAUACUUUAAAUGCCAUUCCACAUACACACCUUGAUGGAGAAAAAGAUCUACAUUCAGGAAAAGUGGGGAUUACUCAAGCUCUGGUUUCCAAUGAACAGGAGGAGAACCAUCCACUCAAGUCACGGCCAGCAGAAAGUUACAUCUUCCACCCUUCAUCUGCGCAACCCUCAAACCCUGCUGCCAGUAAGCAAACUGCAGAAAAACAAGAUGGUGCAGUGCUAUGGCCAGAUCCCCCAGUUCUCUCCAGGUUGCCUGUAGUUGAGGAAGUGAAUGAAGAGGCAGUGGAGACUGAGGGAGAUCAGACAGAACAGCACCCUCCAAUGGGAAGUGAGAUCAUUACACCAGCUUCGCUCAUGCAGCUUCCGGAGGACUCAAUUGAAUGUUAAUCCCCUCAUGCCUACUCACAUUCUGCAAAUCCAUUAAAUUUGUCUUCCAGUAAAUUAAAAAUUGUAAUCUUUGCUACCCGGAGAUUUUUAAUUGGACUAAAUCAUUCAAUGAAAAACUUUCACAUAAAGCUCAUACAGGAAAUGGGGCAACGGACUAAUUUUAUUCAAAUAUUCCAAAAAAUGAUAAUCUGUAAAUUCUUGCCAAUUCAUUAGGAUGAAGUAGAGGGACUGGGUCGCCACUUCAUGUUAUGCAUAAUGUCUGUCCAUUUGAUUGUUAAUAAAACAAAAAUUUCUCGA